UUUUGUGAGAGCAGCGAUGGAGCUGCGAAGCGCUGUGAAUUAGUGGUGAUGUGUGCGUUUAUGUGUGUGUGCGUGCAUACACAUGCAUACAAACAUAUAGAUAUACGCACAAGUAAAACGUAUUGGAUCUAGACAAUUGUCAUUUCGAUGUUUCUUCAUUUUUAAAGUUUGUGUGUGUCGUGUUCCGCAUAACGUAUCGACUAGAUGUGAGCCAAAUCCAACUUUUAUGGAUGUGAUGAAGUAUCUUAGGCGGAUUGGUUUGAAGCUCCAGGGGGAUUAACUUUGUUCUCUGGUAAAGAGAGGAAUUAGUGACGUUUAAGGGAGCUUGAAUUUGAGUUUACGAACAAGAUGUGGAUGCAUAGAAUGCCUUUAUUCUUAAAAGUGCGCAGAAAGUUGUUUCAGGAAAGGAGAUUGCGACUCAUUUCCUGGGAUGUCGUACUUGGUCGUGUUUGUUUCUCUUUUAAACCGUCGUUUGUUUGAUAGAGAGGUCUUGUUGUAGACAAGUAAUCAUUGACCUCGUAUAGUUCUUACGGAUCGAAUAAAUUGCACCUCUAUUAAUUGAUCUUAAUCCUCCGAAUGGUGAUCUAUUGGUUCAUUCUGCACCAAGUUCGGGACAAUGAGAUGCUAAGGAGCUAUGGUUCGGGUGUAUAAUCGUUAGCUAUGAGGGGCAUUUUUUACUACCUUGAGAGGUUGGGCAGCGGCGUGGAAAUGGCCUGGAAAAGCCCACGUCCUGACACAACUGUACAUUGGAGUUCUAACGGCCUGCUGAAUGCUUUCAUCGAAGUGUUUGUAGCAUUUCUAGUGCUGAUGUGCACUAUCCUUAACUUCUUCACUUCCUCCUUCAUUCGAUUAUCUGGAUUGCACAUUCCUUGUUCUUGCUGUACGCAUUAUCAGAAAGGAGUUUCAGGAAGUUUAGUCGAAGAAUCUAAAUACUCAUUUGCAUCGCCGAAGUUGAAGUCAAUUGAUACUCCUGUUGCAAGUGAUGCCUGCUUGAACGGUUUCCAUCGAAGUGAUGAAUGUGUCAGGGAAACCGAGUUGAAAAAGCCCGCAUAUUUGUCCCUGGGCUGUAAUUUAGUAGGGGGCACUCUUGGCGAGUCUUCGUUAGAUGAUUUCAACUACCGAAGUCAAGAGGAUGUGGACAGGGAGCAGUAUGCGAAAGCUCAAGAGCUGCUGCGCGCUCUUCAGUCGGAGAGUGAAGUCAUGGCUGCUCUCUACAGCGAGCUGGAAGAAGAAAGGAAUUCUUCCGCAACAGCUGCGAGUGAAGCGUUAGCUAUGAUCUCGCGACUUCAAGAAGAGAAAGCAGCUGUCCAGAUGGAAGCUCGGCAAUUUCAGCGGAUGGUAAUGGAGAAGGCCAUGUACGAUCAGGAGGCGAUUGAGGUAUUAUCAGAAAUUCUCGCGAAACGCGAGGAUGAAAAAAUUGCAUUAGAAGAGGAGCUCGAAUUGUUCAAAGAGAGAUUAGACACUGUGCUGACGGAAGAAAGGGAUUAUGCUGAAAGAGUGGGGAGGGAUUAUGUCCCAAUGCUGUUACUGGAGGGAGCUCCUGCGGAUGAGAAGUCAACUUCUCCAAAAUCUGAACGAGCAGAUCCUCCGGUGUCAGGGAGAACUACUCCAAAUGGAAGGAUCUCCAAGGAUGGAAAAAUUACUCCCGAUGGAAGACCUGGGAAGGAUGGGAAAAUCACUCCGGAUGGGAGACUCGGGAAGGACGAGAGAAUUACGCCAAAUGGGAGGCUCGCGAAAGAGGAAGAAGUAGAAUUCCUGGAUAGACUCUACAAGACCAAGAGCCAGCUGCUGACUGCUUUGUUACAGGAAGGGAUUCAUGAGACUACGAGCGCUUUGGAAGAGUCAGCGAGCUUCGCUAAUGAGAUCCAUAAAGCGAUGGCCAAAGUCCCUGCGAGAGCUGAAAGUCCUCCAAUACUGGAUCACGAAAGUCAUAAAUCUCCAUUGGGAUUGGGUCCGAUCAAGACAGGUCGUGAAAUCGGUUUGCCGAUCCCUCCUGCAGUUACUAAGAAGCAGAUUGCGAAAGCACCGUCGAAUGAUACAGGAAAAUCCACAGACGAACCCGUGUAUGUUAGCCGUAAGCCCGCUUCUACCAUCACCAAGAACCAGAUUGAGAAGGUACCAGCGAAGGAUGGCGAUGAUCCUGUCUUAGUCAGUCGCAAGUCAACUCCUGUAAUCGGUAAACAGACAGAUGAGGUGUUAACAAAGGAUGCUGAAAAUGCUGCUGCUGGGCUCGUCUCAGUGAGCUGUGAUCCAACUCCUCUUAUCCCUAAUAAGCAUGUUGAGAAUACGAAGAGCGCUGAAAUAGCUGCUGAUGAGCCUCGGUGUAUUGCUCAUGAGACUGCUUUGCCUAUAAUUCCCUCUGUAGUCGCCAGGAAUAAAACUGAAUCGUCAUUAGGGACGAAGACUGCCGGAAAAGGACCUGAUGAGCGUGUGUAUAUCAAUCGCGAGACUAGUCUCUCAAUUCUUCCUUCUGCGGCUGUUAAGAUGCAGAAUGAGAGAAUAUCAGUGAAGAUUGACCGAAGAUCUACUGACGAACCUUUGUUCGCCAGUCUGAAGAGAAGGUGGAACGCCCGUAGUUCUCAGGAAAUAUCUGCAGGAGAGGCUUUAGCGAAAGCGAAGGAGGAUAGACGUAUAGAAGAGAAGAGGUUGUCAGUGUUGGAGUAUGUGAGGACUUUGGAAGAGCAACUUCAACAGCAAGCAGGGAGGCCCGCUGUCCAGAUUUCUAGAGCAAGAAGUGUCGACGGGAAGGAGGAAGAUGCUAGACUUAGAAGUUCUGGUCAAUUUGAAAGAUCUGUUUCAGUAAAGUCAGAGAAUACAGGCGGAGCUGAAAGAGACGAGUCAGUCCAGCGAAGGCUCUUCGCAGAUGGAGAUUCUGUGGACAAAAAGUUGCUCGUGAACUCUAUACAAGAUGGGGGAGUUUACAGGGUUUAUUCGCAGCCUAGCAGUUUGAAUGCUGGCAACGACAGUAAGCCCACGGUGGACGGAAAUGGGUUCCUUGUUAAUGCCCGAAAAUCCGAAGAUAGUGCUGAAGAAGCGUUGUUUGUACACGAUGUCUAUGAGGUACCUCAUGAAGCAGAAAAUUGACUUUUGAGAAUGGAAAGAAAAUCUUCUCGAAGUGAUCGCCCAAAAUUUGCGGGAGUAACCAGUUAUGGAGCAGAGGGAUGUGAAGCUUUUGGACUUCUUCCAGCACGCACUGCAUUUUGAAGUUGGAGUUGCAUAUGCUCGUCCAAGGAAACUUAAGAGGCGUACGAUCAACAGUACGUUAAGAAUAUCUUCAUGUAGACUUGGCACACAUAGCUCAGAGCUCACUUGUGACUCUUUCUGGUGGAUGCGUUAGCUCUACUUUAGAUAACCUUCCAGAUCCUUUUGCUGGUGUAUGUGUAUGGAAGAUUGAAAGGGUAAGCUGUACAAGUUUUGUAUAAUGAACAGGAUCUCAUGAUAUACCCUCCUGGAAAUGUUAACCUAGUUUAUCCCCCUUUCACGAAC